AUGAGCGAACCGUCAUUUCUCAAUUAUCCGCCACCACGCGAAGGCCCCUCGGUCCCAUACAAGAAUGAAGAACAAGUCAUUCCAGUCUUCCGCGGCACACCUUUAGCCAUCAGCGCUACAUUAAUUCACAAUAUUGGCUUCAUUCAAAGACACUUCUGGCACAAUGCCGGCUUUGGAGUGAUCCGUGAGAUCCCCCAACUGAGCCAGUACGCCGGCCGGUACGACCCAACCGUGAUUCCCGUGGACAGUACCACUCAGGCCGAGGCAGCAGCGAAGACGGCAUCUGCCAUUGUGCAACGCAGAAAGGGGAGCAAUGGAUAUUAUACCUCCGCCGACUAUCACGCGCUAUACUCGUCAGGGGAAUUGACACCGACCGCGGUCAUUGAGGCAUUGUUGCCUUUAGUGCGACGUGACGCCCACCCGCCCGGCAAGCAUUCAACUGCUUUCUUUGAGUCCCAGGCUGAAGCUAUCCAUGCAGCUGCGGAAGCCUCUACGAAGAGAUACAAGAAUGGUCAAUCGUUAGGUCCCUUGGACGGUGUGCCUGUUGCCGUGAAGGAUGAGGUGCAUGUUACGGGGUAUAAGCGUACACUAGGAUCGAAGCUAGACUUCAAGCAUGGCUCCGAUGGAACCUCGUGGUGUGUCGAGAAGUGGCUUGAUGCUGGAGCUAUAAUUAUUGGAAAAACCAGCAUGCACGAGCUAGGACUAGAUACAAACAACAACAACCCCAACUAUGGAACACCUAGAAAUCCCCACAACAAGGAGUUUUACUGUGGUGGUUCAUCCGGUGGCUCUGGGUAUGCUGUUGGAGCGGGCCUCGUGCCGUUUGCCCUGGGUGCAGACGGUGGAGGCUCAAUUCGGAUCCCGUCGUCCUUCUGUGGUAUCUGGGGAUUGAAACCUUCGCACGGUCGUGUAUCAGGGGCUCCAUCUCAGAGUCUGGCGCCCACUGUCGGUGUACUUGGGCCCAUGGCUUCGAGUAUCGAUGACCUCGCCCUCGCAUAUCGCACAAUGGCCACUCCCGCGCCAGCUUCACAAGACCCAAUUUCGUCACAAUUCCCUUACCCCCAACCUCCUAUGCCAGAUGCUAAGCGGACCAAGACUAUCGGAAUCGCGCGUGACUGGAUCGACCGCGCCGAAGCCCCAGUGCGCGCUGCGUUGGACCGGGCCCUCGAUUACUACCGCGAGCAAGGCUACAACAUCAUCGAUAUCACUAUUCCUUAUCUCCCCGAGGGUCAGCGCGCUCACAUCCUGACUAUCAUGGCGGAGAUUGCAUCUGGUGUUGACGCGAGCAAGAUCUGGCACCUCACGGCACCGAACAAGGUGCUGGUUUCUAUGGGAAUGUGGCAGAUCACCGCCCAGGACUUACUUGCUUCUCAGCGGCUGCGUAAUCUCCUCAUGACGCAUCUGGCUCAUCUUUUCAAGUCUCAUCCCGGGCUGCUAAUUGUUUCGCCUACUACCCCCAUCCCUGGGUGGCAUAUCGAUGGCGGCGAGGCAGACUUAGCCCGCGGGCUGUCAGAUGGCAAGUCCUCUGUCCGCAACAUGGAAUAUGUCUGGCUGGCCAACUUCACCGGAUGUCCUUCCAUUAGCUGUCCCGCUGGGUAUACCGCUGAUGGUGGGGUCCCUAUUGGUGUGAUGGCUAUGAGUGAAUGGGGCACAGAGGAGGAGUUGAUCGCCUUUGCUCGCGAUGGAGAGGCUAUAUUGGACCUGCCUGGUUCUCGUCCUCCAUUCGAAGCUGGGACUGCCGCAGUGUCAAACGGUCUGCGUAUUCCCUCUGGUGGGCUUGCGGUCUGGGAGGAUGUGAUCGCUCAGGCGAAAGAGAAACAUUCCGAGUAA